UGUAUAAGACAGGAUUCACAGGAAGGAAAUGUAGCCAUAAUUUUUAUUUUUUUCCAAGAAAAUUCUAUUAAAUUUGGACUCUGAAGCUGCAAAAUGCCUGCUAAGGACUUAGAAGUUGGUUCAAGGUUGCCAUUUGUUAUAUUAUUGGAGUUAUUUCUCACCUUAGAAACGGAAAUUUUCGACCAUUGGUUUUGUUAUGGCAGACUAUUUCAGCUUGCUGGUAAGACAAUAAUUUUGUUGGAAAAUAAAUGUAUUUGAUCAAUUUUACAAUUUACCCACUAUGAAUUUAAACCGUAAUGGCUUUCAAUCAUCAAUGUAUUGUCAUACUUGUUUCAUUUUAACAAGAGUGUAUUGAGGGCUUUUGCAAAUUGUUUCUAUGAUGCCUUUUAUAGAGCCUAGCCUUUUAAUACUGUCUAGUAUCUUGAACGUAACAGUAAUAUAAAAGGUAUUGUGUCAUAAGGUUAAUUUUUAUUUGUGACACACAAGCAAUACCCAACAUUAUAAGUUAUAAAUUACAUGUUUCCAUGUUGUAUUAAAAUUAAUUUGUUCUUUUCAGGAAUUAUUAUCAGUUUAUGGUGCUUCCUGCUUCAUCAAGAACAACUAACAGCAGUUUACCAUUAUUCAUUAUUUGCCAUUGAUAUGACAAUCAUUUUAUAUCUAAAUUUGUACAACACAAUUGACUUUGGAGGUUCAUUAGUAACUCGCAACAAUGGUUUGUCAUUUUGGGAUAUAUUUAUUGUUUUCCCAAUCGUGGUUGGCGCUUGGGUAUUUUACAUUGCUUCUGUUAUUCUGUACUCGAGAGGACUUCACACAAAGAAGCCAAUUGCUUUUGCAUUUUCCACUGCCCCUGUAUUCGUUCAUCGAAUAUGCUUUGCCAAAACAGGUGAAAAUCCACCAAUAUGGCUUUGUUUAUUUGUUUUCAUCUCGGCAUACUUGGCGUUACAUGCCCUAUACACAACAAUGAAGAGCAUUUUAAGAUACCUAUGGAGUUCAUUCAAUGUUGCAAAAUGGUUGUGUCGUAUGUAUGGUUGGACUGUUCUUUUUGUCUUCCACUGGCGAAGGUUGUAUAUUGCCGACACACUUACUGUGUUUUGGACAAUGGUUUUUGCCAUCAACCUGAUCAUUCAACACGUAUGUUCCAUGCAACCAAUUUCAAUGUCAGCAUUGGUAUUCAGUUCUGUUGCACACAGUUGUACGUCGUUAUUGACCAUGUUGAGCAUGUGUUUUAUCAUUUACAAGAUCUGCAACUUCAUUUUGACACAUGUGAAGAAUUUCUACCAUGAUGACCAUAUUCCCAUGGAAGAGUCAAAUUCGUCCCCAUCGGGUGUACGAGAAGCUUGCGGCUUUUUCUUCCUCGCUUUGUACACCGGAGUUGCUAGCUGUGAACCUAGCCGGAAGAUGUACCUUUUGGAACUGAUAUUUUAUCUACUACUUGCAGCCUUAAUAAGAUCAAUGUUCGAGGUAGUAGAACCUGUUUUGCUUGCUUUAAGCUCGUUACAGACUGCCGGGAUUCGAAAGCAUUUGCGUGUGUUGGGAUUCAUUUUCUUCCUGCUUGUGUCCGCAUUUUAUCUGGCAUUUAGCGUAUAUGAAAUGAAAGACCGUAUACCAUUCAUGACUCCAAACAUUAUAACAAUAGCUCAAAUUGUUGCUGCCUUAGUACUGUACAGCCUUUACUGCUAUGAUGCACAACAUGACGGGGUCUGGGAGGAAUUAGAUGAUUAUGUGUAUUAUGUCAAUGGAGGUUGCCGUGUAUUUGAGUUUGGUGUGAUUGCAGCAGUUCUCUGCUACCGCCUGUGCGACUUCACUUUGGAAUGGACCUUGUUCCAAAUUGCCAUGGCACUCUUGCAUAUAUAUGUUAACAUUUGGCAACCGGCUCGGGAAGGAUGGCAGAGUUUGCGUAAAAGACAUCAAGUCUAUCAAAAGUUGAACGCAUUGCCGGAAGCAAGUCAAGACGAGAUUGAAUCCCUUGAGGAUGUGUGUCCGAUAUGCCUUGAAGAACUGAAGUCAGCGAGGGUGACGCCUUGUCGUCACUUCUUCCACAACCUAUGCCUGCGGAAAUGGCUUAAGGUGCAAAACAAAUGCCCCAUGUGUCAUGCCAAUAUUUUGGCUCUUUGAACAAGAAUAUACCUUAAACAUGUAACAUACAAACCUCAAAAGUAACACAGAAAAAUCUGAUUAGAAGCGCUUUAAAACACUAGUAAAUUCUGAUAUACAGCUUUGUUGAGAAGAUUUGCAAAUAAAUCUUGAAUUAAGACGUUAUAUUUGUAGAUAUUUAAGAUUACUUGUUUUGGUGUUGUUUAUAUGGAUUAAACAUUGAUA